AUGUUCCGCACCCACUCUGCCGCUUCGACGGCUAUACGGGCCGUUCAUCACACACAAACAUCCAUCUCCACCGCACAUCCCGUUCUCGCACGUUGCUUUCGACAACAGUCAAGACGGUUUGGGACCACUUCGCGCUGUAAGGAGGAGAGGCCGUCGUUCAAGGGUCAGCUAUACGAAAGCACGCAGCAGCGAUUGGUUAGAGAACGCGCAGAGCAAGCUCGAUAUGCCAGAGCUCAACAUGACACCUCUCCAGGCAUUCGGGCUUUUGCAAUGACAGUGGUGCUUGUAUCCGCAUCGUUGGGCUGCUACUAUCUCGGAUCUUUGAAACCCGGCAGCCUUCCCACCACCUCCACGACCCCCCUGGCUGACACCCGGCCUCCGCGCCAUGACACUUCUCCCUCGACCCUCCAGGCCGCAUGGGCCGAUUUCGUCGAGAUUGUCGGCAAGGAAAAUGUCUCCACUGCAAAACACGAUGUCGACGCUCAUUCUGGCUCGGAGUGGUCCUCGUACGCCUACAAAGAACAUGAAAAACCAUUCCUGAUCGUAUACCCCUCGACAACCGAGGAAGUUUCCCGGAUCAUGAAAGUCUGCCACGAACGACUGAUUCCAGUGACGCCCUAUUCUGGUGGGACUAGUUUGGAAGGGCAUUUUACAUCUACGCGAGGGGGUAUCUGCAUUGAUUUCCAGCGCAUGAGCAAGAUACUCGCUUUACACAAGGAGGAUUUGGACGUGGUGGUUCAGCCAGCGGUGGGCUGGGAGGACUUAAAUGAAGAAUUGGCGAAGCAGGGCCUUUUCUUCCCUCCUGAUCCAGGGCCCGGGGCAGAGAUUGGCGGAAUGAUUGGCACUGGCUGCUCGGGAACCAAUGCGUACCGGUACGGAACGAUGCGAGAGUGGGUUAUCUCGCUAACAGUUGUUCUCGCUGACGGAACUAUAAUCAAGACCCGACAACGCCCACGCAAAUCAAGUGCAGGAUAUGACCUAACGAGACUCUUCAUUGGCAGCGAAGGCACCCUGGGCCUGAUCACAGAGGCAACCUUAAAAGUGACAGUCAAACCUAGAAGUGAAAGCGUAGCCGUUGCUUCAUUCCCGACUAUCCACAAUGCAGCUGAGUGCGUGGCGAGGAUCGUAGCGGAAGGCAUCCCCGUUGCAGGCAUUGAGAUCCUGGAUGAUGUCCAGAUGAAAUGCAUCAAUGCUAGCCAAUCUACAAGUCGGACGUGGAAAGAAGCACCUACGCUGUUUCUCAAAUUCACUGGUACCCCGUUGGGCGUCAAAGAGCAGAUCGCCCUCGUGAGGAACCUUGCGACCUCAACUAAGAGUCAAUCAUUCGAGUUCGCUCGCAAUGAUCAGGAGAAAGUUGAGCUCUGGAGUGCGAGAAAGGAGGCUCUGUGGAGCGUUAUGGCGAUGAAGCGGAACCCUGACGAUCGUGUAUGGACAACUGAUGUUGCUGUCCCCAUCAGCCGGCUGCCAGAUAUCAUCGAGCAGACCAAGGAAGACAUUGUAAAGCAGGGUCUACUCGCGGGUAUUUGCGGGCAUGUUGGAGAUGGGAAUUUCCAUGCUAUCCUCUUGUUUAACAAAGAGGAGCGCGAAGCUGUUGAAGGGGUCAUCCAUCGCAUGGUCAAAAGGGCUGUGGAAAUGGAGGGAACUGUGACCGGUGAGCAUGGUGUAGGUCUUAUCAAACGAGACUAUCUCCCACAUGAACUUGGUGAAUCGACAGUGGACGCAAUGAGAAGGUUAAAACAAGCUUUUGACCCGCUGUCACUCUUAAAUGCCGAUAAAAUUGUCCGGAUAGAGCCUCCAGGUGUUGGAGAGGUCAAGGCAUGGUAG